AAUACUGAUAGCAACACUGUUUGUUGGGGUCUGUCAAAUAGAAAUCUGUCUGUGGUUUUAUAAUUUACGAAAAAAUAAUUUUAACACUUAAAAAUUUCACUCAUGAGUUAACGCUAAACGAUAGACUUAUUAUUUUUAUGAAUCUUUAUUAAAACUCCAUAAAACAACCAAGUCACCGAUAGCGGAGUUAAAAAUUAAAACAAAAUAGUUUUAAAAAUGAAGUUUUAAAGUUAUUGCUCAAUAUUUAAUUAGGAUUUAGACAUUUCUCAACUACUUGGUGUAUGUGAGCGUGUAUUAAAUGUGUGAUAGAUACCCCGGCUACCUGUUUGGAGGGACUCCUGUCAGUAGUUGGGACAGGGGUUUCAAUUCAAUGGAAAAUCAAAUUCAACAGCAGUACAGAGGUCGAGCGGGCCCGGCGCGGUACUGGGGCAGCAUGUCAGAGGGGGGCGGGGUGUCGGCCGCCGGCGGCGACAACUGCAAGACGAACCUCAUAGUCAACUACCUACCGCAGACCAUGACCGAGAAGGACCUGUACGCGAUGUUCAUGACUAUAGGACCCAUAGAGAGCUGCCGGGUGAUGAAGGACUUUAAGACUGGCUACAGCUAUGGGUUUGGCUUCGUCAACUUCGCACGAGAAGAGGACGCUGCGAGAGCUAUAGAUACAUUUAAUGGCUACCAGCUAAGGAAUAAAAGAUUAAAGGUAUCAUACGCCCGGCCGUCAGGGGACGAUAUAAAGGAAACCAACUUGUACGUGACGAAUCUCCCCCGAGCCAUCACCGAGGACCAGCUCGAGACGAUAUUCGGCAAGUACGGCAGGAUAGUUCAGAAGCAUAUACUGCGGGAUAAGAGCAACGGCACGCCCAGGGGCGUCGCCUUUGUAAGAUUUGAUAAAAGAGAGGAAGCGCAAGAGGCGAUAGCAGCGUUAAACAAUGUGAUACCAGAGGGCGGGACUGAGCCGCUAAGCGUGAAGGUGGCUGAGGAGCACGGCAAGCAGAAGGCGGCGUACUACGCUGGCUGGGCGGCGGGAUUCCAUCACAAUCGAGGUGACUACACGUGGAGUUGCGGUAAUUGCAUGGUACAAGAUCCAUGGGAUAGGUUUGCCUCUCCGCCGCUAGGGGGCAGUCACCCGGCGACCCCUCGUAACGGCUGCAGGCCAGGCGCGUGUGCCAACAGGGGUAGUUACAACAACUAUAUAUCUGGUAAAGGACCCACGAGGGCAGGCAGAGGUGGUAGGAAUCCUCCUUGGGCUCCAGGUUUUGAAGAGAGGUUUAAAGGCCAAAGAUGCCGGAAUGGACCAUCGACGCCGUACUGGUAACUGUGUACAAUAUUUGGGCUCGAAACGUUCACUUUAUGUGUAUAGUUGUGAUAUUUGAAUGUUGUAAACUUGUGCGGUAUUUAAGAGAUCGAAUGAAAUGAACGUUUUAGAAAUAGGUUCUGUGGAUGUAUUCACAUUUGAAAAGUCUUCUGACGUACCUAUCGUUUUUAUAAAAAUUACGCUACUCGGAAAGCUAAUAGUUUGACAUCUAAUGUCAAAUGUCCAAUUUGACGUUUAAUGUCAAAUCUGUACAAAAAGGUUUUAUAUGAUAGUAACCAAAUAGGUUAAUUAACGUUUGUAACUACAGUUAAUCUCUCGUAGAAUCUUCUAUGGAGCCGUGAAUACGAAUUACCAAGAUCUUAUGUAAAAUUUUUUAUUCAACUCUCAUAUUUUAUGUUUACGCCAUCUAUUUUCUGAUCGAUGGAUUCACAAAAAGAACUUAUUUUUUUUUGUUAAUUUAUGCUUCUAUGUUGGCACUAUUUGUAAGGUUACAGAUUAAAUAAUACGACUAGAUACUUCAGUUCAUAGGUAAGUAAUAACAGAGGAUAAAAUGUACAUUACGCAGAUGCCUUAGAGCCUAGUUAACUUUAUAUAAAAACAUUUUUUCAUCCUUUAGCGCGUGACUUGAUGCAAAGUCUAUUAGUGCCAAAGGAAAAGUUGUUUUAAUGUAUAAAAGCAAUUAUAUGAUAUUCAUAUACCUUGCGACACCAUAAAACAUGAUAUUAGUCCUCAGAAAGUGCAAUGUUUAAGGGGUACGGUGGACUUCUCAGUUUUCUAUUUCUUACUUCUAUGAUCUUAAUGGUGUCGUUCAUGUUUUUGGGCAACGGUUGCCGUUUUCCAUUAAGCGGAUCGUCAAAUCGUUUAAUUUACAUAAAUUAUUUCCAUAAAAAAGGAUACUCUGUAUAUCUACGCCAUGACUUUUCAAUAUAUCUAGAACAAUUCUUUGUGGCGGUCACUGCGGUGUUCCGUGUACUGUAACCAUUAGCCAUUUCCAUGCAUUAUAUAUUUUAUAAUAUAACAAUCAUGUAUGUACAGUCAUCACUUGUCUUGACUGAAUCGAUACAAUGUAGAUAGAAAUCUAUAUUAAAUAUGUUUAGUUCAUAUGGGUAUUUGGCGAAUCGUACGUAUCGUUUCUAUGGAAAAUAACAACCAUUAGUUGCAGGGACGUAACAAGGGUAAGGCUAACGGGCGUAUUAUUAGGGACAGGUAAAUAUAUAGCAAUAUCUAUAUAUUUUAGUUACAAUAUAUAUUGGUCCAUUAAAGAAUAUGUUAAAAGUUUGUUAUCCCUUUCAGAUCUGAACGAUAUGGGCGUGAGUUGUAACUUUAAAAAAUUCUAAAACCGCGCGCAAUUCAUUUUUCCGCACGAAGCUGAAAUAACAUGAUAGUGAGAUUCUAAACCAGUCAAUAAGAAAUCAUUUUAGCGGUUAGGUGGUGCAGUAGUCUCGUGCGUGCCGGCAAGAUGGCUUGGCUCCAAAACACGAAAAUAUAUUUAAUCUAAAAGAAAAAAAUCUUGGGUCUGAAAGGGUUAUGCAAAAAAUAAUAUUUGAUAACAGACUUAACAUAUUUGAAAAUAGAUAUCCAACCGCUGUGGGAUAUAUGGAAAUAUGUGAUGAUUUAUUUUCGUCGUCAGUGCCCAGAGGUAUCCAAUAUAUAGAUAUCAGAUCGGUAUCCAUAAUAUUCAUGUCUACUUUUCAUUAAAUGGAUGAUAAUGGAAUGGUAAUUCUGUAUGCGCUAUCGGUAUACGCUGUCCGGGUACCAGGUAGAUAUAAUAGGUAAGGAUGAAAACAGGUCAGUUCCCAUUGUGAUGAAUUCAACAAGGAUUAACCACGAUGGUUUUCCAGGGUGAACCGCGUGGAGGUUGACCUGAUAUAGGCUUAUUGCUAGCACUCUGCGUGUUCUACCGCUUGUACAACGGAUUGUGCUCAGAGGAAUUAUUCAAUAUGAUGUCUACGGCCACUUUCUACCAUCGUACGGCUCGCCAUCGACAAGGAGUGCAUCCUCAUACCCUGCAGUCUAAAUGGUUGCGUGCAACGCGGUUUCAGAGAUGUUUUCUCCCACGAACACUCUGGUUAUGGAAUGAGCUCCCUGCCGAAGUUUUCCCAAGAGACUACAACAUGGGGUUCUUCAAAAAGGGGGUAAAGAGGUUUCUUCAGGGUCGGCAACGCGCGCGUAAUACCUCUGGUAUUGCAGGCGUUCAUAGGCUACGGUAACCGCUUACCAUCAGGUGGGCCGUAUGCUUGUUUGCCACCUCAGUGGUAUAAAAAAAGUGUCCUUUUAAUACAAUUUAAGUGUCUAAAGGGGAAGGGGGGAUGUAGUGUAAAGUGAGGUACUGACCUGGAUAAUAUUAUGCCCUUGUUACGUACCUGAUUGGUUGGCAUUUAAAAUACAACAUUAUAACGAUAAGAGAUUAAGAACACCAAUUGAGUGCACAUUAUCAGUCUCAUACCAUUGGUAUAGAGUGUUGUGACGUCAUCAUACUUACAUUUUACGACUAGGAAGUCUUAGCUGACUGUUAGCAUAAUAAUAUUUAUUGUAUGAGUGAAAACCCAUUUAAUAUUAAAUAUUAUAAUAUCUAUUUUGACAUAGAAAUCUUUUCCUAUAUUAAAAAUGUUCAAGAUAGGUAGAAAAAACUAGAGAUGAAGAGAGAAAGAGACAGAAAAUAUUUCGGAGAGAGAAUCGGUAGGUAAAUACUGAAAUUAAGGACAAGAAAUAGAAUUUACUUGUGCUAUGUUUUUUUUUUCUCACAUUAAGCUAGUAUUUAGUCGAGUAUUAUAUAAUUGUAUUAAGUCUAAGUUUAGCAAGUGGACAAAUGUUGACUGUAACAAUGAUGAUUUUUAUUAAAUCAUAGGUAUCAUAGGUAUGCAAUAUAUGCAUGCAUCUCAAUUAAAAAAUCAUUUUAAAUUCAUUACUGUACCGUUUAUGGUAUCAUUACCGUAUGGUAUUUUUUUUAUGGCAAAACAAUGAAAACUCUUUGCUACUUGAGCAUACAUUCAAAAUAUACGUGAGUAUAUAUAUAUAUUUUUUUAUUACAAAUUGAAUUAGGCGCUAAAGAUCUAGUUCAGUUAUAUUCAUACGAUUUGACAAUUGUUUUUUUUUAGUUUUUAUUUAGACAUUAACGAAGUUUGACUACAUGUAGAUGAUAAAUAAUAAUAACCUUGGACAUGUUACACACAGCGUCAUCUAGUAUCAAUAUAAGCAGUUUUUUUUACUGGGUGAUAAUGGAAUGGCAACCCCACCCGCGCUAUCGGUAUACACCGGCGGGGCACCAGUGAAGAAGGAUAGGUGAGGAUGAAGCAGGUCAGUUAGCCCAUCGUGACGAAUUCUACUAGAAUUGUUUACGAUGUUUUCCAGGGGAACCACGUGGAGGUUGACAUAAUAGGGUAUAUUGCUAGCAAUAGGGCUGUCAAACUCCAUUGGUAACAAUCCCUUUCCCCUCAAGUAAGCAGUUUGUUCUAAGGGUACUAGAUAAUUGAGACAUAGUAAUUUUUUUUUAUGUAAGCAAAUACAUACUGUACAUAGAAUACAUACAGGUCAAUACAAAAAGACAUACUUUCGAAUAUAAAUGCGUGUAUUAUGCGAGUAUUGAACCUGUGACCAUUCGGAUGAUGUGUUUCAAAUAAAUAUAUUCCAGUAGUGAAAUUAAAAUAUAAUAUAAUAAAAUUUUAACUAGACAAAAUAUCUAGGAGAUAUUUAACUCUUGGAGCGUUUAUGCAUCAUACUCUGUACCGACCAAAAAUGUGGUACCGCGCACUAAUGCAACAGCGUCUGUUGCAUAACUCGAAUUUGCAGCUUCGUUUUCAUUAAAUUUAUGUAGGUAAUUAAUUUAUAUAGGUAAUAAAUCCAUUUAUCCAUAACCUCUAAUCGAAAUUUGGUCAUUUCAAAAAUUGAUGACGAAGUGGGCGUAGCGAGCUAGCCUAGAGCCGAUCGCUCGUAAUAUGAGGGGUCGUAAUAACACCAAUAGAUGCCAAAACCAUUUGAAAUUUUGUCUUUAUGAUUGUUCGUGUAUCACGUAAAAACAACUGCACCGAAUCAGAUGCCAUUUUACAGUAGUACCCCAGAAGGUCCAACUUAACCCAUCUUUGCAUAAUGGUGGAAAUUUCCAUCAUAACAUUGAAUGCCCAAAAAUUAUAUAAAAAACAUGUUCACUUUAAGUUGAUCGUGUCUGGAUACCUUUUUAAUGUUCAUUGCAGAAAAAAAAACAACUGUCAAAUUUAUUUUGUAACCAUUUUUCCUUAAAUUUUGUACAUGGAUUAUAUCAUAUUGAUUUAUUUCACCAAUAAAAAAAAAUAAUGCAAAGAAGGGGUAAAAGCUGCUGAACGUUUUGUCUUGAUACGCUAUCUAAAAAUGUUUUGCUUCGCUGGUGUUCCUAAUUGAGAAAUCACGCUUUUCGUAAGCAACGUGCAAUUAGUAAGUUUAAAAUAUAAAUUCUCUAAUUCAUUAUUUAUAAGCAAGUACUGUAUAAGCAAGUAGUUUCGAACUCGACUGAGGUACUAGUUCAGUGUGAAGUGUGCCUUAUCUUUUCUUUUUUUUUUUUGUAAGUAAGUAAUAAGUCUUUGUAAAGUAUUCGAAAUGGCACAUUGGUUUUAUUUAAGAAAGUUCUUUAGUUUAUGCAUUUUGUUGGUGUAAAUACUUUCACAAACUUUACGCUGUCUCAGUGUUUUAGGUGCCUAAGGUUUUUGUUUUUCAAUUUACACGUAGUUUUAUUCUCUUAAUAGCUAUUAUUUACUUAUAUUUUUCUUCAUUGUACAUUUAUUCGCAUUUGUGUCCCUCUUUUUUUUUUUUUUUUAGAAAUACGUGUCAACAUUACUAGAUUUAAAUUUGUUUGUAUUAAUAUUAGUUUUUUUUUUUCUCGCUAUUUGUUUGUUUUUUUUUUAAAGAACUGCACACAGUUGGGAAGAGUGUUACUGUUUGAAACCUAGUGGUAAUGUUUAUUAAUUAUUAAGUUGUGCGGGGGCACCAGUAAAUACUGGUAGGUGGGUAUGAAAGCAAACCAAUGACUAUGAGUCAGCAGGGUUCAAAGGAAGACCGUGUGGAGGUCGACUGGGUUAUUAUAUUGCUAGCAAUGGUCUCAUUGCUAACAACCCCCCCCCCCCCCCUCCGCCGCUCACACUUACUGAUCAAGUAAAUACUCAUCUAAACUACGUUUAUUUAUGAAAAUUAUGUAACAGUCUUUCCAGUACCUUCCUUGGGGAAAGUGUACACACUUUUAUGUAUUAUAUCUAGGUUUCGGAUUGCUUUAUCUGUUCUCAAUAACCCGGCGUAGAAAAUUAAAACGCCUAAAGUUUUUUUUUUUUAUGUUUUAAUAUAAAGUUGUCGUAAAAGUUUUAGUAUCUAUAAUUUUUUUUUUAAAUUGAUCCUUAUCUAAAACGUGCACAAGCAUUUAUGUAUAUUUUUCAUUGUCUAUUGUAAUAAGUUUUCUUUUAAGUUCCCUGUAUUUUAAUAUUAUAGAUAUUACAACAGC